UCCGCGCUGACUGUGCCAUGCGGGGCUCCCCCCCGGCGGCUGCGGGGCGGGAGGGCAGCGGCGCCCCAUGCACACGGGGCUGCCGGGCGGCGGCUGACACCAUGUGCGCCCGGUGCGCGGGGCUAGGAGCGGGGAGCAGUCAUGGCCCCCCCCCGCCCAGCCUGGGGCGCAGGGCGGGCGCGGCUCUAAGGGGCCCCCCGCUCGAAAGCUGCUCUGCAUGUGCAGCCUCUCGCUGUGCCUCACCUACCUGUGCUACAGCCUGAUGGGGGGCACCGGCCCGGGCGCCCUGCGCUCCCCCGCCGGCCUGCGCGGCUUCCCGGCUCCCAGCGCCCUGCGCGGCUCCCCGGCUCCCAGCGCCCUGCGCUCCCCCGCCGGCCUGCGCGGCUCCCCGGCUCCCAGCGCCCUGCGCUCCCCCGCCGGCCUGCGCGGCUCCUCGGCCACCCCCGCGCCCCCCACUCGGGCCAGCAACGCCAGCCGCCCGGGAGUGUCGGCGGCCGCCUGGCUCCGGACUGCGCUGGCCCCCGGCGAGGUGAUCGCGGCGCAGAGCGGCGCCUUCGAGAGGGACCCGCAGGAAUCCAGCACCACGGACGAGGAGCUGAGCCGGGCGGGCAGCACCACGCCGGACUACGGCGAGAAGCGGCUGCCGCAAGCCCUGAUCAUCGGCGUGAAGAAGGGGGGCACCCGGGCGCUGCUGGAGGCCAUCCGGGCGCACCCCGACGUGCGCGCCGUGGGGGUCGAGCCCCACUUCUUCGACAGGAACUACGAGAAGGGGCUGGAGUGGUACAGGAACGUGAUGCCCAAAACUCUGGAUGGACAAAUAACAAUGGAGAAGACGCCGAGCUAUUUUGUGACCAACGAGGCCCCAAAGCGCAUUCACUCCAUGGCCAAGGACACCAAGCUGAUCGUGGUGGUGCGGAACCCGGUCACCAGGGCCAUCUCGGACUACACGCAGACGCUCUCCAAGAAACCUGAGAUCCCCACCUUCGAAGUACUUGCCUUCAAGAACCGGACCCUGGGACUGAUCGAUGCCUCCUGGAGCGCCAUCCGCAUUGGGAUCUAUGCGCUGCACCUGGAGAACUGGCUGCAGUACUUCCCACUUUCCCAGAUCCUCUUUGUCAGCGGCGAACGGUUAAUUAUUGACCCAGCUGGGGAAAUGGCCAAGGUCCAGGAUUUCUUAGGCCUCAAAAGGAUUGUGACAGAGAAGCAUUUUUAUUUCAAUAAAACCAAGGGGUUUCCUUGUUUGAAGAAGCCAGAGGACAGCAGCGCCCCCAGGUGCCUGGGCAAGUCCAAGGGUCGAACUCAUCCCAAAAUAGACCCAGAUGUUAUCCACAGACUGCGCAAGUUUUACAAACCAUUCAAUGUCAUGUUUUACCAAAUGACAGGUCAAGAUUUCCAGUGGGAACAGGAAGAAAGUGAUAAGUAAAGCCAAGACAGCAGGGAAAAAGCUCUCUGUAGAUUCUAUCUAGAGGUGAAUCGUUGUCAGAGACACUAAACUUGCACAGGGCUAAAGUCUCAGUCUUGUGACAAAGAGACUUGCAUUGUCAAGGUUAAAGUCAAGCUGAACAGCAUUUCCAGCUCUGAAACCUUCCUGUCACAGCGAGCCCAGGUUGCAUUUGGGUCUGUUCCAAGCCCUCCCACUGUAUUGUAUUGCAAGAAUGGCUGGGGGAGGCUCCGGUGGGACAGGGGAGGCUACCGGUGUCUAGCACUUUGUUCCUGGUGCUUCCUGUCAGCGCCAGCCAGUCAGAAUUCAGUGAGUCCUACCCACGGCCAACAAAGCAUGAGGGAAGCUUAUAGAAUCCCAAUAGCGACAAGGCGAGCCGACAGAUUCCAUUUCUUCUGCACUACUUUAGUUUUGCCUUGCUGGCAGUCAGGUGUCAGAUCACACACACACAAACAGCAAAGCUGCAAAGGAACUAUUUACAGACCCUUCACCUGCAUACUAGUUACACCUUGCACUAGCUACCACUUACCAAAUGCCACAAAUAUCCUGAGCCGGAGUCUUUUCUCACUUUGGGGUGUAACUCCAUUAACUGACCAGAGUUGCUUCUGAUUUCCUCUGGUCUGCAGUGAGGCCGGAAUCCAGGCUUUCCCGCUAAGUCCUCAUAUGCUCCGUUAGAUGAUCACGCAGUAAAAACCACUGGUACCUAAGGAGCCAGCUGCGAAUGAUCUCAUGGGAUCCAUCCCAGAAAGCUUGGCCUGGACGCGUUGCACAGUCUCCUAGCAGAAGGUGCAGUGUCCCGCUCACAGCUCUUCCUGCGGGCAGGUAAUGAAAUGGCAUUUCUCAAUCAUUCUGGAAACCCGCUGCUUCCCUGCAUAGCAGAUGGCAGUUGAGGUUGUUAUUAUAGGCAACUUUUUCGUUCUUUGCUAGGUAGCCAUGAGCCCAGAAGGAGAUCCUCUACUGAGUAAAACCUCAUCCCCGUAUCUAGAGUGGUGUGCAAAAUCCAGACACCGGCCUGACCUUCAAAAAUGCGGAGAGCCACAAAUGCCACUGAAGUCCCUGGGACCGUGGGUGCAAGCCGGUGGGACCGGGGAUGCAAGCCGGUGGGACUGUGGGUGCUCAGCACUUCUGAAAAUCAGGGCUCAGCUGGGUUUGCAAAACCAUGAGACAUUCUUCAUCUUUGCUUCAAAAUUUGCAAAGAGGAGAAAAGGUCAUUUCCACCGAGCGAGCGCUCACUGCCCUGGAGAAAGCUUCCUUCCCGAGUGGAAAUGACAAAGAUUUAUGAUCAACCAAAUUGGCAAAUCCCGAUGGAAAUGAUAAGAUAAGCACCUGUCACUCCUAGGGUGACCAGAUGUCCCGAUUUUAUAGGGACAGUCCCAAUUUUUGGGUCUUUUUCUUAUAAAGGCUCCUAUUACCCCCCACCCCCUGUCCCGAUUUUUCACAUUUGCUGUCUGGUCACCCUACCUCCUAGAACCUCAGCAAAUCCGAAGCGAGCUGCAUGCCUGGAUCAAAGACAAGGUAGCAGCCGUUUGACACAGCUGCACUAUAUUCCAUGUCUCUUCCUGAGAAAAACCCAGGAACAGUGGGCACGAAAGGAAAACACCGUGUUACCUGUGAGGGAACAUUUCCUUCCUUUGGGUGAUUUCUUGCUGUCUGGGGUUUCUUUUCUUUUCUUUUCUUUUCCUUUUAUUUACUGUGUAAAAAGAGCAGCAGUGGGGCCUGCUUUUGCCGGGGGAGGAGGGAAGGCGUUUCAUUUUUAUCAAGCCUCAGUGCUCCUUUGAGAUGUUGCGUUUGUUGCUGUUUGAAAGCAGCAAGAAAACACAGCUUAUGUAUUCCUGAGCAAGACCAAGGCUCGGUUUUGAUUAAGGUGGCAAGAAAUCCUUGUUGAUCCAACUAACCAAAGGAAAUGUCACUAAAACACCGUGAAGCUAGGUAACAGCUGAACCUGCUUUGGGUUUCAUGGCCUGUCAUGUGGUUCAUUACACAAUAAAGUGGUGCUAGUGCUUUGGGUUGUAUAAAAGGAGCUAAAUUCAUUUGUCAGAUUUCGAUUGUGGGCCAGAUUUGGGGAGAAUCACAUUCGUUCCCACUGACGUAAAUGUCAGUUCAUAUUAGCCUGAUUAGGUUUUAAAACAGCAUCUGACAUAAAACACUUUCUCACCGACCUGCAAACCGAGAAAUGUAUUGUACAAACACUGGCAAUAUGUAGUAAGGGGGGGGGGAGUUCAGUUGUUUCAGAUGUUAUUAAAACAUUAUUUCUUCUGCUAAAUGAAAGCUGGGUUGUUUUGCCAUUUCGUGCAAAAUGAUUCAUGGCUUCAGAUGGAGGGAAUUUUUUUAAAAUCUUCCCAAUUUCUAGGGUCCUGCUUACAUGGACACCCGAAGCCUUUUCUUAUUUCACAGGCCCCGCAAACUCUGAGCUCGUUUUGGUCUCACUCCUGCCCGAUGCUGAGCCCCGCCUGGAAAUACGAGGUUGCCCGUCAGCACGGGGAAUCAUAGAAUCAUGGAAUAUCAGGGUUGGAAGGGACCUCAGGAGGUCAUCUAGUCCAACCCCCUGCUCAAAGCAGGACCAAUCCCCAACUAAAUCAUCCCAGCCAGGGCUUUGUCAUGCCUGACCUUAAAAACCUCUAAGGAAGGAGACUCCACCACCUCCCUAGGUAACCUAUUCCAGGGCACUCAGCACCUGGCAGGAUCAAGCCCUUUCAACUGAUCUUUGCCAAAGAGGAUUAAAAAGUUCAUUUUCCUGACAGUGGUUUCAUUAGCAGUCGGAACAACGCCGUGUGAACCACAGCUGUGCUGGGGCGGCCUGCCCACCCCUUAGCAACAACCUGAGAAAGGGGGAGCUUUUCAUUCCCACACGAGACCCUACUGAGCUCAGAGGCCCCCAUAGGACCACCACCCCCCUGCCUGAACCACACCAAAAAUGUUCUUUGCAUAUUUUAAAAACCCUAAAAAAGCCAGCGUGUUGUGCUGCUCCCUAGUGAGGGGCCACCUGGGAUCAGCCAGGACAGCGGAGGCCGCGGAUUGCUUGUGGUCUUUGGCUGCUCUUUUCACAGGCCCAUUCCUGGAAGGAAAAGAGACUUGAGGCAAGACGUGCCGCUGACGCUGUGGUUCUGUGGAUUGGUGAAAGCUUUUGGCCCAUAGCUGGGCAGGAGACGUAGCUCCAGUUUGCACCUGGAUGAAGGACAGUCACCCCCAACCUGUUUGCUGUAUUCCCAGAACAGCAACAAAACGCUGAGCCAGGAUUCAGACAGCAGAGCGGGGCCAUUGUAGGCCACCUGUGCUUAAUGCUGCAUCCCUUCGCCACCCUCUGGAAGGAGCUUGCUUUACCCCCGCCAGCUCGCCCGCCCAGCCGCUAGCAAUGGAAACGGUUACAAAGCUGCGUGUUCUUGCAGUGAGACGCUCUGGAGGCAGGUCCCAUUUGGCUGCUACAAUAGAACUGGACCUGUCUGCACCCAGGGGAUGCGGCGCCACCGGGGCUUCUUGCCCAGUCUUCUUUUUGCCAUAUUUUAAGAGGUUUAUUUUUUAUAUGGGUUACUUCCCUGCGCUCAGGAGGUGGCGCUUACUGACUCCAGCAAAGGGGAUGUGCUGCUCCUGCACUUUUCCAACUGCAUUGCUCGUCUGCAGGCCUGUUCUGGAGCUAGGCCUCUGGUGAACAUUAAUGGCCGGCUAAGAAAUCAAGAAGCCAGGAGAGACUCAGGUUCUCUAGCACCACACAUGAUGCUGUUUGCUGUUGCUCUUGGGAACGGGAGGCCUGGCACGACCAGCCAUCAAGAGGCGGCGAUAUGGCUUUGUCGGCUUGGGUGAGAUGGUGACUUUUGUCCCUGCACACCCGCGCAGUCAGUGACAAGUGUCCGGCUUUGUAAUGUGCUGAUGUGACCGAGGAGUUAUUUUCUCUCCAGCGAGAGAGGGAGCAACCUGCUAGGAGGGAGUUGGGUUAAUUAACUUUUUUUUUUUACUAUUUAAAUGUCAGCAUUACGACACACAGGAGAUUGAAUUUUGUAUUUGAUUUCCAUUAGCAAAGCAUAAAUUAUAUUUAAUUUUAUACACAGAGACUGGAUGAUUCAUUGUUAUGGAAAAGCUGGUACUUAAUGGUUUAGAAAUGAAAAUGGACAAUUCGUCCUUUUGAAAGCAAACUGCUGUUCUGUCAUCUGCUCCCAAACACGUCUGUCUGUAUCAUUCUGUACCUGAACGAUAGGAACGUCUGAAAAUCUUCAACUUAAACCUAACAGCACUAAACAAUAAAAUAUUGUAGCAGCUGA